AUGGGUGGCCAGAACAGAGAAGGAGGCAAGGUCAAGCCCCUCAAGGCCGCCAAGAAGGAGAAGAAGGACAUGGACGAUGAUGACAAGGCCUUCCUCGAGAAGAAGAGAGCCGACGAGAAGGCACGAAAGGAAAUGGCCGACAAGGCUAAGGGCAAGGGACCACUGAACUCUGGAGCCCAGGGGAUCAAGAAGAGCGGCAAGAAAUAA